AUGUUCAAAAAGAGCAAGCUCUAUCAGUCCUGGGACCCUCGAGUCCUCGACGCAUGGGUGCGGUACGGCCUUAGAGAGUUACCCACAGACCUAUACCCGAACGACUCCAAAGACGGGAAGCAUACUGACACCAAUCCCGAUCCGCUGCUGUUCUACCCAACCAAUCAGCGACCCCUGCCAUCUUUUGUGGAAGCUAUUGCGCAAAGAACCGGCGGCACCCGGCUCUUCUGCGUCAUUUGUACUGCUUUUACCAACGACACGGAAAGCCAAUUCUUCCAGGAAUCAGACAACGAGUCGUUGCUGCCCGACCUCACUUCGCAGCACGGCGCCCAUCAGCAGUUUCUGCCAACUGUUGAUCCCCGCCACCUCCAAGUGAUUCCAGAGUUGGAUUUCCGACAGGCGGACUAUUCUUCUUCGUCAUCAUCACCAUCGUCAUCCUUAUCGCCCGUCGCCCCCGACUCCACCCGUGAUUCAACCCCGGCCCCAGUAACGACUCCGGGAUCGACUUCACCGUCCGCUCCACCGUCGGUCCCGAGUUCCAAGUCUCGAGAGGAGACUUGGGAAUCUCCCCCUGUUGACAGCGAGAGAUUAGUGCUCGCCACGGUGCCCGCCCUUCAAGUUUCGAGCACGGGAAUAGCUUCCAUGCGGCAGUUCCGCUGCGAGCUUGGCUGCAGCGACAGAGCCUUCCCUUCACGGCGAGAGCUUGAGCGACACCACAACAGCCGUCAACACCGGCCCACGCUGUACAAUACGUUUUUGCCGGGAAAUUCGCUGCAAAGCGCCUGUGGAAUAGUCCUCAAGCGCCGCGACAACUACAAGCGGCAUGUCAAGAAAUGCGACCGCGCCAUCGUGUGCUCGUUCCGAUGCGACCGCGGUCACACGGGGGAUGACAAGGACGCAUGGUUGGCACACCUGGACAGCCCAGUGUGCAAGCCGCGACGGGGCGCACCACCACGUCGUCCUUAG